GGCACGGAACCCCCAGAAAUGUCCCUCCUCAGAAACAGGCUCCAGGACCUGCCUGCCCUGUGCCUCUGUGCGCUGGUCCUGGCCUGCAUUGGGGCAUGCCAGUCAGAAGCCUAUGAAGGAACCCCCAGCCCCCCACCAAAGCUAAAGAUGAGUCACUGGAGCCUGGUGACGGGCAGGAUGAAGGAGCUGCUGGAGCCAGUGUUGAACAGGACCAGAGACAGGUGGCAGUGGUUCUGGAGCCCCAGCACCUUCCGGGGCUUCAUGCAGACGUACUAUGACGACCACCUCAGGGACCUGGGUCCGCGCACCAAGGCCUGGCUCCUCAAAUCCAAAGAAAGCCUCUUCAACAAGACCCACAGCCUGUGCCCCAGGAUUGUCUGUGGGGACAAGGACCAGGGUUAAAAUAUUCAUAAAAGCCAGGGGUGGUUGUGGCAGGUGCCUGUAGUCCCAGCGACUCAGGAGGCUGAGGUGGAAGGAUGGCUUGAGCCCAGGAGUCCGAGACCAGCCUGGGCAACACAGCGAGAUCCCUUGGGGGGGAAACAAAAAGAAAUAAAAAAAGUUCAUACUUCUCCAAUAAAUAAAGUCUCACCUGUG